UACCCGAAUAAAUCCGAUCAUCAAUAUCGGGCUAAAUUCCGACCCGAAUCCGCCCGCCAUUCCCAUCUUCAUUGCCAGCGAGUAAAAUUUUCCGAGGUUUCAAAGCUAAACACAAUAUUCUUGCGCGAAAAGAGAUUGUUCUAGCGGAAAAGAAGAUGGCAGAUGAUCCAGAGAAGAGAUUUCACUCCAUCAUGGAUAAGCUCUUUCACGCCCCUAAAUCCCUUUCCAAUCCCUCCAGUUCAUCUGGAGUUGAGUUAUCAAGGGGAAAAAAGAGACCCAAUCCAGAGUCUGCAUUGGCAUUAGUGGAACCUAGAACAAGAGGGGAUGUGGUUGGGUCAUCUCAGCGUUCAUUAGCUCCAGCCGAUGCUCCGUUGUGCAGACCCUGGGACCGAGGAGAUCUUAUGAGGAGGAUGGCCACUUUUAAGUCCAUGACUUGGUUUGCUAAGCCCAAGGUGGUCAGUGCUGUAAAUUGUGCCAGGAGGGGAUGGAUCAAUUUGGAUAUGGAUAUUAUAGGCUGUGAAGCAUGUGGAGCUCGUCUUCUUUUUUCCACUCCAUCAUCUUGGACGCAGCAGCAAGUUGAGAAGGCAGCAAUGGUUUUUAGCUUAAAGCUGGAUAAUGGACACAAAUUAUUAUGUCCCUGGAUUGAUAAUGCCUGUGAUGAGAGAUUGGCAGAGUUUCCUCCCACUCCUCCUCCAGUAUUAGUUGAUAAAUUCAGAGAACGUUCUUCUGCUCUCUUACAACUUUUAGGCCUUCCAAUGAUUUCAUCUUCUGCUUUGGAAUACAUGAAAAGCUCACAGCUGGAAGAAUUUCUUAGACAGGCACCAACCUUGGAUUGUGGCAAUGGAUCUAUCAAAAUAUCCCAAGUAGAAUAUCCUGGAAAUGAGUCUGAAGCUUAUUCUGCUAACUUGUAUUAUCAGGCACAAAAGCUUAUAAGUUUAUGUGGCUGGGAACCACGUUUACUUCCUUAUGUUGUUGACUGCAAGGCAAAACCAAAGAAGCGCAUUAAGGAUGCCAAUACUUUGAAUUCAUCCCAUAUAUUCACUAAUGGGCAAAAUACAAGCAUCGGUUUUUAUUCUGCCACCACCAAUGAAAAUGCGGAGGCGACUGAAGAUUUUAAUGCGCCUGGUGGGCUACAAGCUGAUCCUCACUCCAUUGUUUUAGAUUGCAAACUUUGUGGAGCCAGUGUGGGAUUAUGGACUUUUUCUACAGUUCCGCGGCCAGUGGAGUUGUUUAGAUUGGUUGGGUACACUGAAGUGAAUAGUAGAAAAAAUUAUGGACAAGAUUCAGAGAAUGAAAGUCAAGUUAAUGACAGACAAGUUAUAAAUUCUUCCUCUAAUGGAGUAUUAUCUUCCAUAGAUAGACCAUCAACUUUAAAUUUUACAAUUGCUGGGGGUCCACCACCAACAAAACAGAACUUCAAAGCAACAAUUUCUUUGCCUGUUAUUGGUCGGAAUUUAAGGGCCAGGUUUUCUCAUGACUCUGGUUUUAGAGAUCAUACAUUUAAUGACCUGGAACCUCAGUCUCGACCAGAUAAGUAUUUAUGUAUGGAAGAAAGUAGCAUCACAGAAAAUUUUGGCGAGCAAGUUUCUCUUCCAGAAUCUGUGGGGAUGUUAAAGAGCAAAACAACUGAUCAGGGACAAUGUAGUUCUGCAAGUGGAGAUCAAUCCUCUUGUUUGAACAUUGAAAAUGGUAAAAAAGGAUCUGAUCUUAGAAAGGACUCUGAUAGUAAUAGGGAAUGCACAACAGAGAGCACAGCAGAUGCAGCACAAGGUUUUGAUCAAAGUAAUAGGUUGCCUGAAAAUGCACUAAAUGUUGGGUCCCUAGAUUCUCCAGCAGGAAGUUUGGGUAGUUCUCAAAUUAUAGUGUCUUCUAUGUCAGGGCCUGGUGCUACUGUCACUGCUGGAAAUGGGAAUAGUACAAGGGACUCAUUAGCUUUGGUUACUUCUGAAGGUGGCAAUCAACAACAGGUCCCAGGAGCAGAUGUUUUAUGUGGCAAAGAUGUUAAUUUGAAGAUAGACUUGACCAAAGGGAAGGAGCUAAAAGAAAUAUCAGAUGAAGGAAUGGAGUUUGAUCCAAUCAGGCAGCACAGACACUUUUGCCCCUGGAUUGUAUCAACAGAGAGUUGGGCAGCUGGUUGGAAGCAAACAUUAUCUGCUUUAUUUCGUCUAAAGGAUCUUUCUAGCCCUUCCACAAAAUCUCCUUCGUCCACGUCCACAGUUAAGGUGGAUGAUCCCAUUACUUCAGUAAGAAAGCUCUUCAUGUCUCCAUCAGCAAAGAAAAUGAAGCCGACUCGUGGGUCUAGCUGAAGCACAAGGUCCAGGCGUGCAGGUGAUUAAUUUUGCAGGAUUCCAAAAAUGUAUUUACCCAAAUGCUUAUUUGACGGGACUGCGAUUUCGUAUAUGGUAGAUGCAGUGACUUCAGAAACUAUGUAAGCAAGUGUUUUGAUGUUGUAUCAUUAGGUUUCAUAUGGUCGCAGCCUUUCAUAUUUCUCAGUGCAAGUAUUUUGUGAAUUUGCCCUGUAACAUUUCUAGGACAGGUUGUGUUCCAAAUUACUGUUGUGAGAUUUUGACAGGAAUAGCAAUACGAUUUAUUCACUUGAAAUUGUACUCUGUUAAUUAAGGAGAAAAAGGGGGAGACAGAGAAAAUUUUCCAACAAGCAUUUGGUGCUAUUCCAUCAAAGCAAGGACAAUCUCCAUUGUUAAAGCCUCUUUCUGGAACUAGCAGCGCUGGUAUCUUCCCUUUUGGCAACUCUGCUCACUAGAAAAAGAAAUAAGUUUAUGUUUAUUCACUCUGAUUAUGCAAUGAAUUCUUUAACAGAAGGUUCUAUUUUUGUGAGAAUUUCUAUUUAUACUGAACAAUUUUAUGCAAGAGAACUGCUAAAGAUGUUGACUCAACUGAAGUUCACUUAUUCA